GCCUGUUGGCUCAUAAUUUUUCUGGUUUUGGACCAUUUUCCCACUAUGAGGGUGAUUCUGCUGCUGGGAACCCUCAUUGGGGCAACCUGGGGCCUGGAAACGUUUGCUGGAGACCAGGUUCUCCGGGUGGAGCCCUGCAAUGAGGAACAGGUCCAGCUACUAAAACGGCUUCGAGCCCAGCAACCUCUCCAGCUUAACUUUUGGCGGUUCCCUUCCUUCCCGAAUGAGCCGGCAGAUGUCCAAGUGCCCUUUGCCAAUCUCCAAAAUGUGAAGGUCUUCCUGGAGUCCCAUCAGAUCAAGUACAGCAUCAUGAUAGAAGAUGUCCAGGCUGCAGUGGAUGAAGAACGGCGAGAGAUGGACCUCAACCAGCGAAGGGAACGGGGCAGGAACAGUUUUAACUAUGGGGCUUACCAUCCCCUAGAAACUAUCUAUCAAGCUAUGGAUGAUCUUGUGGCCGAAUACCCGCAGCUGGUGAGCAAGCAACAGAUUGGAGAGUCCUAUGAAAAGCGGCCCCUCUACGUCCUCAAGUUCAGCACUGGAGGAAAGAACCGUCCUGCGAUCUGGAUCGAUGCUGGAAUCCAUGCGCGAGAGUGGGUCACCCAAGCGACUGCUCUGUGGACUGCGAGAAAGAUUGCCUCCGAUUAUGGAUAUGAUCCUUCACUGGACUCCCUGUUAAACACAAUGGAUGUUUUUCUACUGGUUGUUGCAAAUCCAGAUGGAUAUGUCUUCUCUCAUACUGAGAAUCGCAUGUGGAGGAAAACCCGAUCUAAGACCCCUGGCAGCCUUUGCGUUGGAGUGGAUCCCAAUAGGAACUGGGAUGCUGGCUUCGGAGGACCAGGAGCUAGUAACGAUCCCUGCUCCGAUUCGUACCAUGGACCAAGUGCCAACUCCGAAGUGGAAGUGAGGUCCGUUGUGGAUUUUAUCAAGAGCCACGGAAAUGUCAAGGCCUUCAUUAGCAUCCACAGCUACUCCCAGCUCCUGAUGUACCCCUAUGGAUACACCUGCACCAAUAUCAAGGAUCAUGCAGAACUGGACAACGUGGCAAAAAUGGCAGCCAAUGCCCUGACCUCCCUGUAUGGCACCCAGUAUAAAGUUGGACCUAUCUGCUCUGUCAUCUACCAAGCCAGUGGAGGUAGCAUCGACUGGUCCUACGACUAUGGCAUCAAAUACUCCUUUGCUUUUGAGCUGAGGGACACCGGACGCCAUGGCUUCCUCUUGCCCGCCAGUCAGAUCAUCCCAACGGCUCAAGAGACCUGGCUGGGACUCAAGAGCAUUUUUGAGCAUGUGCGCGACCAUCCUUACUGAGAGGAGGAGCAGAGAGAAGGAGGAGCAGUGCUGUGACUGUUGUAUUUCCCUCACGCGUGUGCAGUGGCUGGCUGGAGGAGUGGAGGGGGCAGAGGAUAUU